AUUCUUCUCCAACAAAAUGGAACCACAUGAUCAAUCAGAGUAUGUUAUGCCGCUGGUUCUAUCUGCUUCUAGGCAUGACAGCAACAAUUGGUGAGAUUUUCUCCUUGUUGUUCAUCUCUUAUAUAUCCCCUUGCUGAUCUCAUCAAAUCACACGACCUCAAGGAAUUCCUCAUGAUAAUCCCUAAUGUACAGAGAUGGGGUUGUGCUUCCAAUUGAACUCCAUGCAGUGAUAUUCCUCGCUUCUUAUCGUGGUUUGCCGCCGUUGCUACUACUGCUGUGCAGCAUGUACCCUGGCUGCGAUGAAUCCGUUAUGCCACUGCACAUAUUUUCCCGUCGCUGGAAUCCAGGAAUCAUUUGCAUUGUGCUGCGGAAAUACCAUGCUGGUGCAGUGCUUCAUGGAGGCCAUCUCAAUGUGCCGUGUCGCCUUCCGAAACCAGCAGCACUCCCAUGGAUUGUUGACUGUUUUGCUGUCCAUUAUUGGCGUUUGUCGCCAUCGAGAUCAUGUCCAGCAACCAUGAACCUCGAUGUUUCUAUUAUGGUGCUUGUACCGGUUGAUUGCUAACGUUAGAAGAGGAUCUCUACAAGGAUGAUCAAGAAGUUGGAUAGCAAGAAUUUGGAAGGCAAGUGUAACAUGAGUACCCUUGUUACCUAAUAACUGUAUAAUCAUCUUUUCAUAUGCAUGUGUCUAAUUUGAUGAACCACUAAGGACUUUACCUAGAA